GCUCUUCGAGGUGAUCGAGACAGAGAAGACGCUUUACUUGGUGAUGGAAUACGCCAGCGGGGGCGAGGUCUUCGAUUACCUGGUGGCCCACGGGCGCAUGAAGGAGAAGGAGGCCCGGGCGAAGUUCCGACAGAUAGUGUCGGCCGUGCAGUACUGCCACCAGAAAUUCAUCGUGCACAGGGACCUGAAGGCCGAGAACCUGCUGCUGGACGCCGACAUGAACAUCAAAAUCGCCGAUUUUGGCUUCAGCAACGAGUUCACCUUCGGGAACAAGCUGGACACGUUCUGCGGCUCGCCCCCCUACGCCGCCCCCGAGCUCUUCCAGGGCAAGAAGUACGACGGGCCCGAGGUGGACGUCUGGAGCCUGGGCGUCAUCCUCUACACGCUGGUCAGCGGCUCGCUGCCCUUCGACGGGCAGAACCUCAAGGAGCUGCGGGAGCGGGUGCUGCGAGGGAAGUACCGCAUCCCCUUCUACAUGUCCACGGAUUGUGAGAACCUCCUCAAGAAGUUCCUCAUCCUCAACCCCACCAAGAGGGGCACACUGGAG